AUUCGCUUCUCCCCGCCCCUUUUGCAACGGCCGUAAAGAUUGCCGUACAGGCGGAAGGUGAACAUCGCUGCAAAAGAGUGAUAAUUUCACACAGUAGCAUCAUGGACGCACGUUUUACCCGUGGAAAGUCUGCUAUCCUUGAACGGUCACUCACCCGACCCAAGACUGAUGUUAGCCUCAGUGCCUUUUCAUUAUUGUUUUCUGAGAUUGUGCAGUACUGUCAGAACAGGGUCUACUCUGUUUCUGAGCUUCAGAACAAACUUUCUGAGCUAGGUCAGCAGGUGGGUGCCCGUAUCCUGGAUGUGUUGGUGAUGCGGGAGAAAAAUGGUAAGAGAGAAACCAAGGUCAUCAACAUUCUCCUGUUCAUCAAGGUUACUGUAUGGAAGGCUCUCUUUGGGAAGGAGGCUGACAAGCUGGAGCAAGCCAAUGACGAUGACAAGACUUACUACAUCAUCGAGAAGGAGCCUCUUAUCAAUACUUACAUUUCUGUUCCCAAGGAGAACAGCACACUCAACUGUGCUUCCUUCACAGCGGGCAUCGUGGAGGCUAUGCUCACUUGCAGCGGCUUCCCUGCCAAGGUGACAGCCCACUGGCACAAGGGAACCACCCUCAUGAUCAAAUUUGAUGAGUCAGUAAUAGCACGUGACAAAGCCCUGGAUGGCCGCUGACCGCUUCAUUUGAUUUAAUCUGGAUUGUUUGUGUGUGUAUGUGUGUAUGUAUAUGUAUAUAUACACACAUUUUGACAGUAUCCUAAAAUAACUACGCUGACCAUGCUUGGUGCAUGGUAAUGGAGAAUCAAGUGGCAUCGGAACAAAUGACUGUGUCCCAUAUACUGAUGGUAAAUGUUUCUACAGCAUUUGUACUGAUUCCACAAGACCACUUCUGCUUCCAGAAAUCUACCCUUAAUUCUGUUGCUUGACUCUUGGCGAAGGCUUGAAGAGGGAAUGCAGUUCACUUUCCUAGCCAAGAGAUAGCGUAGUCUUGAUUUGCAUAUGAGCUAUGUAAUUUGUUGUAAAGAUUCCUCUCAUGCUGUUGUAUUGGUUUUGUUGUUACCCCGCUGACAUUGCCACUAGAAAAGCACAGAUGAAAGGUUAUUGCUAGGCUGCCAGCUUUGGAAUGAGCUAAAUUGUCUCUACUCAUUCUGUUGCUGCUUCUUACCUAGUACCUAUCAGUUAUUAUUUAACUUUGCAGUCUGCCUUAGCAAAUCAAGUGAAACCCACAAAUUACAUUAGUUUGCUUAAGAGUGGCUCAGACUUGCAAAUGAAGCACUUUAAGUAGAAAGCUCAAUGACAGGGGUAAAACACACCAGAACUGGUGAGAGCUUUGCCUGCUUCUGUAAAAUACACUGUUCACUGCCCAUGUUUCUUCUUUGAAUACUUGUCCCCACACCUGAGGAAAAUUUCUAAGAGUUAUGAAGACUCCUUUGAUAGUUAUUCCAAGAGCUGUUCUUACAGGGCUUUCCCUCAGCAUAACUGAUCCUUCACAGUGUUUCCUAUUUGCUCUGAGAAGAGAGGAAAGUGAUGUCACCCCCCCCCCAACUUAGAUUUCUCUCUCUUUUCCUUUUUUCAAAAAUGUUAAAAUAAAUUAACUAAAAUACCAGGAAUAUACUGUUGAAAGAUAUUUUAUUGCAGAAAUCUCAUCUAAACCAGUCAGUUUCAAAUCAUUCCAUACAGUGAAGAUGCUAAUGGUUUUGAAGAAUUGUUUACCUGGUUAAUAAAUUCCAUAAAGUAAUCCAUUAAGGAUGUUUCUCUCGCUCUCGCUCUCAACUUCAUUUAGUUUUUUGUUCCUGUUCUGUGCACAGUCUAUUUCCAAAUAGCAUUGAAUUGUUGGGCUUAUGUUGCCCAGGACUCUCUCCUGCUGUGAGUGCCCACAGGCCCUGUCCCUGCCUCCUUCCACCUGGUUUAGGGCGGGGCCUGGAAGGCCUCAUAAAGGACUGCUGCCGCUGCUCUGCUGCUGGUGCUGCCCAGGACUCUCUCCUGCUGUGAGUGCCCACAGGCCCUGUCCCUACCUCUCUCCACCUGGUUUAGGGCGGGGCCUGGAAGGCCUCAUAAAGGACUGCUGCCGCUGCUCUGCUGCUGGUGCUGCCCAGGACUCUCUCCUGCUGUGAGUGCCCACAGGCCCUGUCCCUACCUCUCUCCACCUGGUUUAGGGCGGGGCCUGGAAGGCCUCAUAAAGGACUGCUGCCGCUGCUCUGCUGCUGGUGCUGCCCAGGACUCUCUCCUGCUGUGAGUGCCCACAGGCCCUGUCCCUGCCUCCUUCCACCUGGUCUAGGGCGGGGCCUGGAAGGCCUCAUAAAGGACUGCUGCCGCCGCUCUGCUGCUGGUGCUGCCCAGGGGAACUUGAAACAGCACAGAGUCCUUUUUAAAAUGCUUUUUAAAGAAUUUUUAAUGUUUUUAUCUUCUUUGGGGUGGUAGGUGGGAGGGAUUUUUAG